AGGGGGCGGGCGAGCCGGGUUCCGGAGAUCGGAGAGCAGGCUCCGAGAGGGGCGGAGUGCUGCGGGCGGACGAGCCGGGAGGGAAAGCCCGGCGGGCUCCGCGCCGCCGCCCGCUGCACGGCGCGCUCUCCGGACCGCCAGCCCGUACGGCCCCGCAGCCUUCCGGGAAGAAGCGGCGCAGGCGGCGGCCGCAGCGCGCGCUCGGGCUCCCUCACCUGCCGGCGUCCGGCGGCUCCCCCGGCGGGACGCGCGCAGGCCGGGCGCGGAGGAGGAGAGAAGACCGGCCGCCCGCGCCGCAGCCCAGCCGCCCGGGAGCGCCUCCGAGCCCUCGCGGGGCGCCGGCUCCAUGGCGACCGGGCUCGGGGAGGAGAUCUACGGACUUUCGGAAGAUGAGGGCGAGUCACGUAUUCUCAGAGUGAAGGUUGUUUCUGGAAUUGAUCUCGCCAAAAAGGACAUCUUUGGGGCCAGUGAUCCGUAUGUGAAACUUUCAUUGUACGUUGCGGAUGAGAACAGAGAACUCGCUUUGGUACAGACAAAAACAAUUAAAAAGACGCUGAACCCAAAGUGGAAUGAAGAAUUUUAUUUUAGAGUAAACCCAUCUAAUCACAGACUCCUGUUUGAAGUAUUUGAUGAAAACAGAUUGACCCGAGACGACUUCCUGGGACAGGUGGACAUACCCCUGAAUCAUCUCCCGACCGAAGAUCCGACCAUGGAGCGACCCUAUACAUUUAAGGAUUUUCUCCUUAGACCAAGAAGUCAUAAAUCUCGAGUUAAGGGAUUUUUGCGAUUGAAAAUGGCCUAUAUGCCAAAAAAUGGAGGUCAAGAUGAAGAAAACAGUGAGCAGAGAGAGGACAUGGAGCAUGGCUGGGAGGUCGUGGACUCGAAUGACUCGGCCUCCCAGCACCAGGAGGAGCUUCCCCCGCCUCCACUGCCUCCCGGCUGGGAAGAGAAAGUGGACAAUCUGGGUCGUACCUAUUAUGUCAACCACAACAACCGGACCACUCAGUGGCACAGACCAAGCUUAAUGGAUGUGGCCUCCGAGUCGGACAGCAACAUCAGGCAGAUCAACCAGGAGGCCGCGCACCGACGCUUCCGCUCACGCAGACACAUCAGUGAGGACCUGGAGCCGGAGCCCAGCGAGGGCGGAGACGGCCCAGAGCCUUGGGAGACCAUUUCCGAGGAAGUGAACAUCACUGGAGACUCCCUCAGUCUGUCACUGCCCCCUCCGCCGUCCUCUCCAGUGUCCCGGACCAGCCCUCAGGAGCUGUCUGAGGAGCUGAGCAGAAGGCUUCAGAUCACUCCAGACUCCAAUGGGGAGCAGUUUGGUUCUUUGAUCCAAAGAGAACCGUCCUCAAGGUUGCGGUCCUGCAGCGUGACGGACACCGUUGCCGAGCAAGCUCAUCUACCACCGCCAAGUGCCCCAGCUAGGAGAGCGCGUUCAUCAACUGUCACAGGUGGUGAGGAGCCAACGCCAUCAGUGGCCUAUGCACAUACCACGCCGGGCCUACCUUCAGGCUGGGAAGAACGAAAAGAUGCUAAGGGACGCACAUACUAUGUCAAUCAUAACAAUCGAACCACAACCUGGACUCGACCUAUCAUGCAGCUCGCAGAAGAUGGUGCGUCCGGAUCCGCCACAAACAGUAACAACCACCUAAUCGAGCCUCAGAUCCGCCGGCCCCGUAGCCUCAGCUCGCCGACUGUAACCUUAUCUGCCCCACUGGAGGGUGCCAAGGAUUCACCCGUACGUCGGGCUGUGAAAGAUACCCUUUCCAAUCCACAGUCCCCACAGCCAUCACCUUACAACUCCCCUAAACCACAACACAAAGUCACACAGAGCUUCCUGCCACCCGGCUGGGAAAUGAGGAUAGCACCAAACGGCCGGCCCUUCUUCAUUGACCAUAACACAAAGACUACAACGUGGGAAGAUCCACGCCUGAAAUUUCCAGUUCAUAUGCGGUCAAAGGCAUCUUUAAACCCCAAUGACCUUGGCCCUCUUCCUCCUGGUUGGGAAGAAAGAAUUCACUUGGAUGGCCGAACGUUUUAUAUUGACCAUAGCAGCCAGGUGUUAUGUGGAGAGAAUGAUCCCAGAGAAUCAGUGCCCUCGUACGAUAGCAAAAUUACUCAGUGGGAAGACCCAAGACUGCAGAAUCCAGCUAUUACUGGUCCGGCUGUUCCUUACUCCAGAGAAUUUAAGCAGAAAUAUGACUACUUUAGGAAGAAAUUAAAGAAACCUGCUGAUAUUCCGAAUAGGUUUGAGAUGAAACUUCACAGAAAUAACAUCUUUGAAGAGUCCUAUCGGAGAAUCAUGUCUGUGAAAAGACCAGAUGUCCUGAAAGCUAGACUGUGGAUCGAAUUUGAAUCGGAGAAGGGUCUUGACUAUGGGGGUGUGGCCAGAGAGUGGUUCUUCCUACUGUCCAAAGAGAUGUUCAACCCCUACUACGGGCUUUUCGAGUACUCUGCGACGGACAACUACACACUUCAGAUCAAUCCCAACUCAGGCCUCUGUAAUGAAGACCAUUUGUCUUACUUCACUUUUAUCGGAAGAGUUGCUGGUCUGGCAGUGUUUCACGGGAAACUUUUAGAUGGUUUCUUCAUUAGACCAUUUUACAAAAUGAUGCUGGGAAAGCAGAUAACCCUGAAUGACAUGGAAUCUGUGGAUAGUGAAUAUUACAACUCUUUGAAAUGGAUCUUGGAAAAUGAUCCCACUGAACUGGACCUCAUGUUCUGUAUCGAUGAAGAAAAUUUUGGACAGACCUAUCAAGUGGAUCUGAAGCCCAAUGGGUCAGAAAUAAUGGUAACAAAUGAAAACAAAAGGGAAUAUAUUGACUUAGUCAUCCAGUGGAGGUUUGUGAACAGGGUCCAGAAGCAAAUGAACGCCUUCUUGGAGGGAUUCACAGAGCUGCUUCCUAUUGAUUUGAUUAAAAUUUUCGAUGAAAAUGAGCUGGAGUUGCUGAUGUGCGGCCUUGGCGACGUGGACGUGAACGACUGGAGACAACAUUCUAUCUAUAAGAAUGGCUAUUGCCCAAACCACCCUGUCAUUCAGUGGUUCUGGAAGGCCGUGCUGCUCAUGGACGCGGAGAAGCGGAUCCGGCUACUGCAGUUUGUCACGGGGACGUCGCGAGUACCCAUGAAUGGGUUCGCCGAACUUUAUGGUUCCAAUGGUCCUCAGCUGUUUACAAUAGAGCAAUGGGGGAGUCCUGAAAAACUGCCCAGAGCUCACACGUGCUUUAAUCGCCUUGACUUACCUCCGUAUGAAACCUUCGAAGAUUUACGAGAGAAACUUCUCAUGGCCGUGGAAAACGCUCAAGGAUUCGAGGGGGUGGAUUAAGCUCCCCCCUCCUCGGGGUGGUUGUUCAUCGAGCGAGUCCUGCUUGCACUUUUGCAUUUGCCCAACACCUGACUUUGCAGAGACCGAGGUGGAAGAGCGGCCGCACAUGGUGGCCUGGCUCCCGGGGCGGGGCCUCCACCCGCGACUUGCCCAGGUUCAGAUGCGGGAGCCCGGUCCCAGGCCGCGUUCCUGCAUUUUCCACCACGAAUUAUCAACUGGUUGAUGUGUACACUAAUAACAUUUCAGGAGGACUUAUUCUAUUUAUGUUGUGCCUCUGUAGGCAAAGCCCUUAAUAAAUAUUUUACAUACUUUAUAAUGACAAUGAAUGGGAUUAAUCACUCUACAGGUAUAGUAUUACAACUCAUGUUUACUUUUUAAAAUGAUUUAGACCGAUCUUCAGAUUUUAUUUCAUUACAAUUAAAGAUGUCUCGUGUACUUGGAAAAGUGAGCAUAUUUUUUUUGUAUUUGAAUUUCAUACCAGGUUUAAUGUCAGUGACAUUUUUAUUUUUGAAGUACUUUGACCCCCCCCCCCCACUCCCUAUGUUAUUAGAAUUGAAAGACUGUUGUUGUUGUUUUUUUUUUUUGGUCCAGAUACCUACGGACAAGUACUUUGAGAGAAUUUAAAAUAGAACAUUAGACAUAAUGCUACUUUUCUCCAUACUCUGAGAGAAUGGAAAACAAACUGGAUAUUACAUUUUGUGUGUGUGUGCAAAUUUAGCGUAAUAGCUCCAGGCUGAGAGAAUUGUAACAUAGCAUGACAAAUUUGGUGUUGGCUUGAAGGAAGGAACCACACCGUUAUUCCUUAGAAGUAAUUCCGUGUGCUAGAACACAUCGGAGGCAGGGUCGGACUGUCCUUUCUCAUUAGAGAAAUCACUUAACCCUCCGUGAUGCUGUACAGCCAUUCUUUCAUUACCUUUUCCAAACUCUUUGCUGUUCGUCGUAGAGACAUUUGAAUGGGCCUCGACACUCGCUUGAUUUGAAACUGUGGAAACCAGCUCUGUGUCGUGUCCCGUUUGUACGCGUUGGCUAGCGGUAGCUAAAUAACCAGUUUUUGUUCCAACUGCACCAGUUCUGAAGGCACUUUAUGUUCUCCCUGGGGGUCGUAUCUGGUUUUGUUGAUGGGUGGUCGUUGUUUGUAAAUCAUAGGCAUUAAAUGUGAUGAUGAUUUCUUCUCCCUGCACACAUCUUUCUGGUGCAAUAUCUAUCCAUUGUGAAUCUGGCUGCUGGUGUAUAAAACCUGGAUGUAAAGCUGAGCCUACACACCUGUCCUCACCAAUUGUUUUGUGAUUUCUACCCCGCUAGCAAGAUUAAUUUAAUGCGCACUCCGCCUCACCGGGUUUUGUCACCUAGGACACGUUGCAUGCUUCAAUACUGUGUACCGCCUGAGUUGUGUCUGUUCUGUGCUGUAUUAAAAGUGAGCAGGAACUCUCUGACUUGGCCCCCGCGGUCGCGCUGCGAAGCUGGCGGUGCCCUGGGGGAGGGUUCCGCGCCGUCGGGAUCCUUUGGCACUUGUGAGCGUUCGUUGCGGGAUUCCUUGGUGUUUUGAGAGAAAGCCUGAGGCAGCGGGGCAGUUCAGCCCUGCUGUCCUUUUAACCUGUGUUGUUCUAAACCCCGUCGCAAGUGGGGGGACUCUAGAGAUGUGAUCCCUUGCCACUCGUAGAUAAAGACAGAAAAUUGUGGUUUCAGGGCCUCCCCGUUUGUUACGGAAGAAGGACCUUUUGGUGUAAGAAAUUCAUUGUUCCCCAGCUCCGGGUGGCUCGUGAGAAACCAGGAACGUUUGUGGUUAUAAAUGAACUAACUGCCUUAUAGAGGUGCAGAGGUCGGAGGUGUCUGAGAGAAGAAGGAUUUCUGCAGAGCUGAGGAUUGGCUCCCCUUUCCUAUUGAUUUAAAAAUACCCAACAGUGAUCAGAGAGCUUAGAUGUCGAGUAAUCAGAAAAAAUAACAUUGCUUAUUAUUUUUAUCUACUUGUGGGAUUUUUUUCCCCCCUACAGUCAAUAUAACCAGUGUCGCAUGGCAAAAAACCCCCUUUGUGUAACCCCUCACUGUCCAGAGGGCUUUCUUGUUAGACUCACGCCAAAGCCAGUGCUUGGAUGGAUUCUGAGAGUGAUCAUGUCAUUAUAGGGGAGAAAGCCUACGAUUCUAGUUGAAGAACUGGGAUUCUGUCAUUUUGCAAACUGUAUACUCAAAAAAUCAGAACAUUUAGUAAAUGCAAAUUAGGCAAAGUGUUAAAAAUGUGAAAGAAAAACCCAUCCUAAGCUACUUCCUGUACCAGGAGCAGAUAAGAAUUAUCGAACUGGACCCCUUUGAAUACUUGAAUGACGUAUUUGUGAAUGACGGUUCAGUUCACCUACCACUAAAUAUUGGAUUGCAGUAACGGCUGAAUAGUGCUGGGUUUGGGGUUUGUUUUUGUUUUGUUUUGCUUUUAAUCCACACACGAGGUUCCCUCAAUCUCAGCAGUUCUUGAUGCUUCACUCUGUCUAAAACAGUCGUAGAUCUUGUUUUCUCCAAGUCCUGACAACCACUGUCCCUUGCCUCCAGGACAGAGUCACAGGUGGUGGUUAAGAAAACGCACCGUUGGAACCCACAGGCCUGGCAGGGAGGGUGGGCCACCUCUUCCUGUUACCCCUAGCAGUGGCCCUGCUCCCAAGUCCAAGGUCUCGGUACCCCCCCCACCCCCACCCCCCGUUCUCUUAAAAAUUCCCCGAGUCUGGCUUGUUUUAAGUUUCCUGAAGAAGGUACCAUUAUUAUGGGUCAUUUUGCCGCAAGGUUAAGAAGCUGGUUCCAGGGCAACUGCAUGAUGGACAUGAGUUAUCACAACUACAGGAUUUCGAUCCCCGUGCCUUGUUGGCCUGAAGGCGAAUUUGGAAAGUCUGGAUUGGCUUCCCAUAGUGCGCUGCUUUUCCACCGCUGCCUCUGGAACAGGAGACAAUGAGGCAGUUGUCUGUUUCAAAGUUGUAUUCCGCUUUAACGCAUUUUCCGUUAUUGACUUUUCUAUAUUCUGUACCAGAUCACAAGAAUGUAAGAUGCUUCUUUAAUUUUUGUUUACAAGGCCCUUUGGUCGAACAUGAGCUAUUCCUGAUGGUCAGAUGACAGAUGCUCCAAAGCGUCUGACAUGGGUUAUUCCUCCCACAUAAGGAUGCAGUGACAGAUUCGGAGAAAUGAUUUUGCAAAAUAUUUGAACCACUUUCUACAUCUCACAUUGUUAAAUAGACAGCGUGUACCAUUGCUGUUUGAUCUUGCCAGAUCCAGAUCGGCUCUCUUGAAAGCCACGUUCAUGUGCAGCAAAUUACUGAUUGCCCCAACAGUUACUAAUUGUUUAACACCCGACUCGAGCAUUUUCCUAAGUCUUGUAUCUCACCUCCGAACUUUCAAAAUCUAUAGACAGCGUGGGUUCGUCAAUUCCCAAGCCCCUCCCCACUGUGCUAGGCACCCUCUUUCUUUUCUGCUGACUCCACGCCCCGUGUCCUGACAGGGAGAGGUCACCGCUGUCCGGUGUCAUUUCCUGCCUCGUCAGUAGGGGGUGCUGCUGUGCAGAGUAACCGUCUGGCCUGCUCCCUCCCUGGCCCCCAGGAGAUCUGAGCACUACCUCUGUCUCAUUCAGGCUUUGGGGUACAUCCUGAUAAGUCAUGUCAAAACUGCCAAUUUCAGGUCUGAGAUGCGUUUUUAAAACUCCUGAUAAACUCCACUUUGUACUUUAGAUUUUAAAACUGGGAAGAAAAUGUGAUAUACUUUGGACCACUUUUUUUAAUUUAUCUAAGCCUUAAUGAAUAGUGUAUAUACACUUGCAUACACACAUCCCCACCCCGGCGUGCUUUCAGUGUGUCAGAAACAAUGCUGUAGCAUUAGGACGUGAGCUUGUAUACUGUUUUAUUUCAGGAGAGGAUCGCUUUCUGUUUGUAUGAAAUUUUCCAGUAAAACUUCUCCCUAGACAUCUGUCCUUUGUGAAAGGCGUUACGCGCAAAGUAACGCAUGUUUAAGGUGCGUGUCUUGUUUGUCGGUUUCACGUUUCCGAUGGGAAUCCUAACGACAUUGGCGACAGACCUCUGUGUACUGCAUCCCAACCUUGUGUCAGAGCAUUGAAAGCCUUUCUGAUGACCAUAACCCUGUGUCUGCAGACAUCCGUGUUCCUGUAUAAGCCAGCUUGCCCUCUUACUCAGACUGAUUUCACCUAGAUUGUCACGGUUUCCUUCAUGUUAACUUCGCGUGACUUUGUUUUCCCUUUACUACUACUUAUGUGAUAUGUAUAUACAUACAUACGUACGUAUGCUGUCCAAAUAUAUAUGUAUAUAUUUGUAUAGCAUUUUUACACCUUUCUUGAGCAAUCUGGUUUCGAAAGGGAGUGAGAGCUUAGUCCUUCUACAGUUUUCUCCAAGCCGUGUCCUGAGAUUUCUGACCCUCGGAGCCUGAGAGCACCCCAGGAAAAUGAUGCUAAUAUGCUGUCAUUCCCUAAUUCAGGAUUUAUUACCAAAUGAAACAUGAAAACAACAGUGACUUUUAAGGUGAAAAGAGUUUCAAGCAUUCCAAAUGAAUUCUCAAUGUUUCGUAACUUUUUAUUAUAAACCCCACCUCCUAAUACAAAGCCAAGUACUAUUUGAUACAGUGACUAAAAACCAAACUACUUGGAAAUUUUUUAAAGACAACUUACGGAUAACGCUCCUUUUCACAAUCAGAAUCGCUUUAAAAUAUGGUUGAAUUUGAUACAGGAAAAGUUUUAAGUACAAAUCCUUUUUGCUUUUCAUUUUUCUUAAGAGAUCUGAAGAGAAAUUGUAGAUUGUUUUCCUGACAGCAAAAGAGUAAUGUGACAAAAUGAAGUCGUUGUAAAGAAGUGAUACAACUUGUCAAAUAUUUAAUAAAGAAUUAUGGAAGCUGGAA